UUACUAAAGUAGCGGCUAAAAUCUUGUAUCAUUCUGUGCCAUGAUUGUAAACAAAUAAAUUUGUUGGAAAAAUAUAUUAGUUUACGUGUUCACUAAUCAGUUCCAUGAAUCAUCAAUUUGCAAAGCUCUACGUGUCAAGUUUCCAUUCAAUAUCUCCAUAAAGUUUGUUGAAAAUGCCCUCUGCUAAAAAAAUUAUGUGCCUGUUCGAUGUGGAUGGCACUUUAACCAAACCAAGGAUAGCGAUUGAAGAUGAUUUUUACAAUUUUUUGUUGAACAAAGUUAAACCCUUGUGUACACUUGGUCUUGUAGGCGGCUCGGACUUCAAAAAAAUCGCUGAACAGAUGAAAGGCGAAGAUGUGGUGAACAAAUUCGAAUAUGUUUUUGCUGAGAAUGGGUUGGUUCAAUUCAAGCAAGGAAAAGAAAUUGGAAGGCAGAGCAUCCAAAACUUUUUAGGGGAAGAAGCUUUGCAAACAUUCAUCAACUUUGUUCUGAAGUAUUUGUCAACAAUAAAGUUGCCUGUUAAGAGAGGAAAUUUUGUGGAAUUCAGGAGUGGAAUGUUGAAUAUUUCUCCAGUUGGCAGGUCCUGCUCUCAAGAAGAGAGGGAGGCUUUUUUGAAAUAUGAUAACGAACAUAACAUCCGAAAAACUAUGAUUGAAAGUUUGAAGAAAGAAUUUCCUGAUAUGGGUGUGACAUAUAGUAUUGGUGGUCAAAUCAGUUUUGAUGUGUUUCCAAACGGGUGGGAUAAAACGUUCUGUUUACGUCAUUUGGAAAAUGAGGGUUUUGACGAGAUACAUUUCUUUGGUGACAAAACUGAUCAAGGAGGAAACGAUUAUGAAAUAUUCAAUGACAAACGGGUGAUUGGUCACAAAGUUGUGGAUCCUUCAGAUACCAAAAAACAAUUACAAAACAUAUUUAAAUUAUAAUAUUAUUUAAAUUUGUAUAUCAAGUAUUGAGGAUAGAAAUGAUCAAGAUAAAUAAUAAAAAGGGCAAAAUAAUUGAAAAAUGAAGGAAUUAAGAUUUUGAAGUGAGCUAUAUCAUGAGGUUUUGAUUGUUAUUUUCCAAAUAAUACAAUCAGGAUAA